AUGCAGCCUGCCCCCGGAGGCACGCAGCCUGGGUCCUCGCAGCCCCACGAGCUCGGCUGCUGGCAGCAGCCGGCCGGCGCGCCGCUGACCGCGGCCUGGCUACUGGAGGCCCAGGGGCAGGUCUGGAUCCUCGUGCCCGACGGGCAGGGCGGGGCGGCCUGGCUGCCCCAGUGCGGCGCCUGCCUGGUGCCGGUGGUCGGCGUGCCACCGCACGAAGGGCCCUGGGGCUGGAGUGGCCCGCCGCCUCCCGGGCCAGAGCGCGGCGCCCACGCGCCGGCCGGGCAGAAGUGCGAGGACGCCGCCGAGCCGUGGCCAGGCUGCGCGACGCCGACGACCUGCGGCAGCGUCGAGGACCUCGACGAGCGCCACGCGGCGGCGGGCGCCCGGGCGCCCGAGCACGGGCCGCAGGCCGCGCCCGAGCACAGCCGCGGGGGACGCACGGCCUUCCUGCGGCGGCAGCGCCUGCGGCGCGCGAAGGCGAGAGAGCGGGCCGCCGCGGAGCAGCACGUCGCCCCGCCGCCCCGCGGGGAGGACGUCGAGCUCGUGGCCGAGCUGGAGGCCGAGCUCGGGGGGCCGGGCCUCGCCGCGGCGGAGCGCCUGCGCGGCGCCGUGCGGCGCCUCUCCUUCGAGCCGCAGGGGUGCCGGGCCGUGCAGGCGGCGCUGCUGCGGGUGGGCGGGGCGGGGGCGGCGGGCCUCGUCUCGGAGCUGCACGGGCACGUGCGGGAGGCCAUGGAGUCCCCGCACGCGAACUACGUGAUCCAGAAGGUCGUGGAGGUGCUGCCCCCGUCGUUGUCGGGCUUCGUGGCCGCAGAGCUGCGCGGGGCGGGCGUGGACGCUGCGCGGCACAAGUUCGGCUGCCGCAUCGUGUGCCGGCUGCUCGAGCACACCGCGCUCAGCGCGGAGACCACGGCGCUGCUUGACGAGAUCCUCGUCGAGGCUGGCAAGCUCAGCCGCCACACCUUCGGUCACCACGUGGUACAAUCCGUCCUGGAGCACGGCUGGCCCUGGCACCGCAGGGUAGUCCUCGACGCCCUCCGUGGGGACCUCCCGCGGUGCUCGCGGAACCGCAACUCCAGCUACGUGGUCGAGAAGGCGCUGACCCAUUGCGACGCGGAAGACCGCGCGGCCAUGGCGCGGGAGCUGCUGACCAGCUUCGACGACGUGCUGCAGCUGGCGCAGUGCCAGUUUGGCAGCAACGUGGUCAAGGCCCUCGCCAGGCUGCCCGACGACUGCGCGGAGGUUGUCCUCGGCGUCCUCCGUUCCGCCGCCACGACCCUCGGGGAGUCGAAGUACGGGAGUUUGGGCUUCUGCGGGUCAUUGCAGGGCCAUGUGGUCGUGUGGGUGAGAGGUUUUGCGACCCCGCAUUGGAGCAUACAAAGCGGCCUAGGCCUGAAGCUGCCGGCCCUCGACCUCCACCUCAGCUGCUUCUUGGCCGGCACGGUGCUGCGCCGGGCGAUGGCGGCGAUGCUGUGGCCGCACCUCGACGCGCCCACCACGGGCGCCCCGCUGCUCGAGGCGCCACAGAUGCCCGCGCUGCUCGACCCGCUGGUGGUCGCUGCGGCACCCGCGGAGUCUGGCGCGGGGUCCGGCUGCCGGAGCCGCUCCUCCAGCAGCGAGCCCACCGAGCGGAGCCCCUCGCUGCCGCCAGAGGCGUCGGCGUCGCCGCCGAGCGCGACGUCCGCCGCCAAGACCUUCUCCGCGCGGCGCCAGGCCUCGCCCCGCAGGCCGGCCGGCGGCGACACCGCCGGCAAGCUGUCCGCGCCCGGGCAGGUGGCCGUCGUCGGCGCCACGCCCGCGGCGGCGCUGCAGGUCUUGGGGAACUUCAACCCGAGCAAGGUCUUGGGCGCCUUCUACGAGAGGCUCUUGGCCGGCGGCUGCCUGGCCCCCGGCGCCCUCGCGGCCGACCGGCUCGCCGAAGUCGACCUCUCGCAGCUGGGGGGCGGCACCGCCGCUGGCGCCUCGGGGAGGCGAGAGCUAAACAGCUGGACUUACACUGCUGACACGAAGGCUGAGCGCUCCACCAAGUCUGCCUUGCAGGAGAAGAACCGGGAUAUUGCCAGGCUCAAGGAGCAGCUGGCAGCCAAGAGCGGUCACCCAGACGCCAUAGACGUCGACGCCGAGCCCACAGAGCCAGAUGCCCAGGCGGCGCUGGCCGAGCUCGCCGCGGCCAUCCAGGCGAUCGGGAAACCGACCGACCCGAUCCCUGUCAAGGCGAAGCAGGACAUGGCGCAGCAGCAAGUUGCUCUCCGUGCGAAGGUGCUGGCCGACAAACCGAUCGGGAAGCUCAAGGAGCAGCUGGUCGCGGUCCAGAAGCAGAUCGUCGAGGCUGAGGCAGCCGUGGAGGCGACUGGCCGUGGGCCCGCGGAGGUGGAGGCCGCGCGGGCCGCAGCUGCGGCACAGGCGCCCUUGCCCAAACCUGGCGUCCACUCGCUUCGCGCUGCCACCCCGUGCCUCGACAUGGACGUCGGCGCGCUCGGCCAGCUCCUCCAAGGGCUUGGCGCGGACGGCAGCCUUGCAGAGAGUGGUUCGAAGAAUUUCGAGGAGUUGCGCAAGUUGGAGCGGGCAGCCGCGGAGCGGGCAGCCGCCGAGCGCUCCGCAGGGGCCGCCGCGCACGCUGGGCCAGGCGACUUUGAGCACAACCUCAUGCCCAUGUCCAAGCAGCUGCAUUUCCUGCACGGGUUCGCGCGUAGAGCGGCCAAGACCCACUGGGCGCUUGAGCGAGUGACGCCUGAAGCCAAGGCUUUCAUGUCCGACGUGCCGGGUAGCAUCGUCGACCUCAACUUCGACCAAGUUGCGCAGUCCAUGAUCGACCUCGCAGGUGCCAUGUUCCAGGAGUGGUUGACUGCAUCAAGCAGCGAGUGGCCGGAUUGGGCAGAAAAGGCUUUCAAACAUGGGGCGCGUGCCGCGCACAGGUUCUCAAGGAUCAGGGAGUUGCAGGAGCUUGCAGCUGCAGAGACCAGGCCUCAGCCUUUCCAGCGUGCAGAUGAUUGUAUCGGGGAGUGGGACAAGGUUUGGAGUAUGUAUGAGUGCACCGCAGCCCCGAUGCCUCAAGGUGCUGACAAGUGGGAUAGCAUACCGACAAUCACGGUCACAGACAUCCGCCGUGCUGCUGCGUCGUUCCCGUCACGAAUGGCGUCGGGGCGCUUGGCUUUCAACCCGAAGGCGCUGCUCCAGGUGUCCGACGUAGGCAUCCAGCGCUGGCAAGCAAGAUGCAUGUUGAAGCACCUGCCCGAGGCCGUGGGCGGAGAAAAGCUCUGGCUGCGCUCGAUGCGCAUCGGGGUUCUUUAUGGGCUUCCGAUGGUCGCCUUCCCCCUCAGCCCCGUCCCCGACGAGUUCCCUGUCUGCCCCUGGGGCGCCACCGAGCGGCGGUGCAGCGCGUGCAACCUGCGUGCCAAGACGCCCGCCUCCCUCGCCCAGCUCCAGACUGGCAGCAGGCGAGUUUGCGGGCCCGCCACUUUCCAGCGGUGGAUAGCGACGGCUGUCUUCGCGGAUAGAUCGGAGGAUCGCAUCCCCCUCUCUUCGAAGGCGGUGCCUGUGGCCCUGGAGGCUUCGAAUGUGGUCAUGGGGCCCGAGUUGGAUAUCGGCCAGGCUCCGCCUUCGUUGGUGUUGCAGGAGCGUUUUGGGGCCCUCGGCCACGAAAUGGAACAGGUUGGGCGAGUUCUUUUCUGCUCCAUAUGCUCCGCCUUCACGUCUUUGCCUAACGGGAAUUUGCGGGGUCUGGGCAACAGGUGGGUGCUCGAGUGCUCACGGCGCGACUCCUUCAGUCCGGGGCCCGCUGGCAUGGACUACGGCAGGGCCGAGAUCUGGGCCGCGGGCUUGGCCAGCCCGGCCAGAGCCGGCGAGGCCGAGACCCAGGACGACAGCCCGCCCAUCCUCACGGUACUGCCGGAGCGGUGGGGCACCGUCAACAGAGCGCAGGCGCCCCCGCAGUGGCUGAACCUGAAGGACCCAGAUGGCGCCGUGUGGGGGCCAGAGCAGGAGCCGCCCAAGGCGCCGCCUCAGGCGCCGCCGCAGGCGCCAGCGCAGGCACCAGCGCAGGCGCAGGAGAACGUGCAGUGCGCGCCGGCCUGGGCGGCGACUCGGAACGCGCCCGGGGCCCCGACGAGGGCCCGGCAGUUGUACGACUACAGCACCCGCGAGGUGUGGUACGCGAGCAACGUCCCGGUGCCCGAGCAGAACCAGGGCGUCGUUAUCACGGCGGAAUUCCCCACGCACCCGUCGCAGGAGUGCUAUUGGAAGGACGGAGGUCGCAUGAUCUGCUACACCGAUCAGGCGGUUCGGAACGCCCAGUGGAGCCACGGCCACAACUGCCUACCGCACGUGGAUCCGGUCACGGCGGCCACCGCGCAGCAGCGGAGGCCGCUGGUGCUGCAGGGCAACGAGAUGGCCAGGGACGUGAAGGGCAUCCGCCGCCAAGAGCUACAGGGCCGCCCGCACUACCAGCGGGAGCGCCACCUGCCGCACGAUUACGGCGCCCUGCUGCUCCACCGGAAGGAUGAGGGCUGGAAGGCGCUCGCCGAGAAGGUGAAGCAUUCGUUGGAGCGUGAGAUCUUGACGGCGGACGAGAUGCAGGACUUCUUCAUGAACGAGGAGGCCGUCAUGUACGAAAGGGUCGACUACUGGAACGUGAUGUGA